AUGGCUGAAGUCGCAGCAGGCGCUCUUGUUGCCGAGCAAAUCGUGUCGACUGGCGUUGAGGUAGGAGCUGCCGUCGCCGUGGCACGACCGACUCAGCCCCUGAAAGUAUCUCUCUCUCAAAUCGCCACCACCCAGUCUCCCGCGUUUGACGUUUCCGCCCUCGCACGCUCACAUCAUUCAGUCACUGUCGUCAAUCACAAGGCAUGUAUCUUUGGCGGCGAGGCGGCUGAAGGUCAGCUGAGUUCUACCGACUUCCACGUCCUCUCCUUGCCGGCCAUGACCAAGGGAGAGCCCGUCGCAGCGUAUGCCUGCUAUCCCGCAUUUGCAAUGCAGGAUGUUGAGACUGGAAAGACUUAUGUGCCGUCUCCGCGCUCAAGACACGCUGCUGCUGCACGUGGCCAGUUCGUGAUCAUUCAGGGUGGCGCCGAUGCUAGUGGCAAGCCCAUCGAAGAGACGUGUUUGUGGCUGUGGGACUCUGAGAGUCUGAAAUGGACCAAGAUUGAGGGGGCGAGCCAAAUUGGCAAGACCCUUACACCCAGAUUCGACCACCAUAUAUUUGUUGAUCAGGCUCAGGACUUCCUUGUUUUGCACGGUGGACGCACAUCCAAGGGACAGCAGGCAUCUACCGAGACCUGGAUGUACAAUUUUGAUACUCUCGCGUGGACGGAGCUGCCAUCAUCGCCUCAGGCACCCCUGGCCGCCGCCUUUGUUGACAACGUUCUCUACACUAUCGGAGCCGACUCUAGUAUGAGCGGCGCCAUCCACUACCUCGAUCUGAAGUCCAACGCCGAGGAUCGCGAGAAGCCUAACGCCCUACAGUGGAAGACGGUCAACUUUCCCACGAACCCGUUAACCCCAGGCCCUCGCCCCCGUGAAGGGGGGGCUCUUGUCCCCGUCAAUACCGGAGUCGGCAGACACUACCUGGUCUACAUGUUCGGCGAGAACAGCAGUUCUGCCGAGAAGGAUUAUUACACGGACAUUUGGGCUCUGCAAUUGCCGACCCACGGCUUCAGUGCCGCCGCUGUCAAGGAUGCUAUCCGUGACAAGCUCCCCCGCAUCGAUUCUGGGGAGUUCAGCUGGGCUGAGGUAGAACUCGUCCCGACAGAGGAGGUAAAGACAGAGGGCAAGGCCCACCCUGGCCCGCGAGGGUUCUUCGGCGCAGACGCCGCCGAUGCGAAGAGUGUAAUUUUCUGGGGUGGCGUUAGUGCGUUGGGAAAAGAGGGCGACGGCUGGCUUCUUCAAAUCCAGUAG